UGAUUAGAUUCCACCGAAGAGUAUGCCUGUUUCUAUAUACCCGGUAUUGAAUUCAAACUUGCUGUCCUUAACAGUAAGAGGGAACAUCUCAUGCUUGGGAAUGUUAAUAUCAGGUACAGUGACAAACCAAAGAAUUGCUCUCACAAUCAAGUUUAGCAUUGGAUUAAAAAUCCCGAGAUUAAUUGGUUGUCUCAAAAUUUCAACUUGGAGAGCUUCUAUUCUAACUGACUGCAAAUCUGUAAUAAGACUUGCAAUUUUGGAGCCUCUACCUCUUACUAGGUCAAUGUCCAGGCUUCCUGCUAGUCCAAAUCUAGCUGACACUCCAAGGUUUGUUUGAAUAUUAACAGAAGAUCUGAUGUCCAAGGAUCCAUCUGUCAGGGUGAUAUCAGUAGAACCAUGUUCAGGACCUGCUAAAAGUCCGGAAAGUUAUGUUCUUCCAAGUUUAUAGUCUCAGUUAAUGAAUCAAUAACGUAUUG